AUGUUGUGCGUCAACACCGCCUUCACCUCUUUCAUACCCAGAAAACCAACUUUCGUUUUCUCCUCCAAAUCAACCACCCCAAUUUCCUGCACCCUCCAAGGAACCGUCACUGAACCAAAGUUCACGGCUGCUGCUGAGCCGCUUUUGCUUAAUGCAGUUCGUGGGGUAGAAGUUGAAAGACCGCCGGUUUGGCUUAUGAGGCAAGCAGGGAGGUACAUGAAGAGUUACCAAACCAUCUGUGAGAAAUAUCCUUCAUUCCGUGAGAGAUCUGAAAAUGUGGAUCUUGUGGUGGAAAUUUCCCUGCAACCAUGGCAUGUUUUCAAGCCUGAUGGAGUGAUUUUAUUCUCAGAUAUUCUUACCCCACUUUCUGGAAUGAAUAUACCCUUUGAUAUUGUGAAGGGUAAGGGUCCUGUCAUAUUUGAUCCUAUUCACACAGAUGCCCAGGUCGAUGAAGUGAGAGAGUUUGUUCCUGAAGAAUCAGUUCCAUAUGUUGGUGAAGCACUGACAAUUUUGAGGAAAGAGGUGAGUAAUAAAGCUGCAGUUCUUGGUUUUGUUGGGGCUCCUUUCACGCUGGCAUCAUAUGUGGUUGAAGGUGGUUCAUCUAAAAACUUCUCUAAAAUAAAAAGAUUGGCUUUCUCUGAAUCCAAGAUCCUGCACUCAUUACUACAAAAGUUUACGACGUCAAUGGCAAGAUACAUUCAAUACCAAGCUGACAAUGGAGCUCAAGCUGUUCAGAUCUUUGAUUCAUGGGCAACAGAACUUAGUCCAGUGGAUUUUGAAGAAUUCAGUUUGCCUUACUUGAAGCAGAUUAUUGAUACUGUGAAGAAAAGCCAUCCAAAUCUCCCUUUGAUCCUCUAUGCUAGUGGAUCUGGGGGCUUGCUUGAAAGACUAGCUUUGACAGGGGUGGAUGUGGUUAGCUUGGAUUGGACUGUUGAUAUGGCUGAUGGUAGGAGACGACUGGGACCAAAUAUAGCUGUCCAGGGAAAUGUGGACCCUGGUGUUCUUUUUGGUUCGAAAGAGUUCAUCACUGAUCGGAUCAAUGAUACUGUGAGAAAAGCAGGUAGAGGCAAACAUAUCUUGAAUCUUGGUCAUGGCAUUAAAGUAGGUACGCCUGAGGAGAAUGUUGCACAUUUUUUUGAGGUUGCUAAAUCAGUUAGAUACUAA